AUGCAAAUCUUUGUAAAAACUCUUACUGGAAAAACUAUCACACUUGAAGUCGAACCAAGUGACACAAUCGAAAAUGUAAAAGCAAAAAUCCAAGAUAAAGAAGGUAUUCCACCUGAUCAACAACGUCUUAUCUUCGCCGGUAAACAGCUUGAAGACGGUCGAACAUUAAGUGAUUAUAACAUUCAAAAAGAAAGUACACUUCAUCUUGUACUUCGACUUCGAGGUGGUGGUGAUCAAUAA